UUCUCGUCGCUUGUGUUUGAUAUUUUACUUUGCGAAGGGAGAGCCGCCAAGUUGGGAACGACAACGCGCUGGGAAGGAACAGAGUGUAUCUCUGCGCAGCGACCUACUAACCCAACAUUUAGAAAUCAGCAACUUCUUCUUUCAACUACGCGCGUAUUUGUUGCCUACCACGCACGCGACAAACAUGGCGCCGACACCAGGAUCAGGAUUGCCAGCCAUGGCAAAACAAUCAACGCCCAAGACCAUGUCUUCCCGUCUAAUGACGAUGAAGUUCAUGCAAAGGGGCGCGGCAGCGGCGGCGGCAGCAGCAUCGACCGACACGCCCGAAGCCAGCUCGCCCGCGACCCCGCGGAGCGACGACGGCUCAGCCAAGCGGCGCAAGACAACCCACACGCCAUCGGCAGCCAGCUCGCCGGCGACGCCGCUCUUCGACCAGCAAGCGAUAAAGGCGGCCGUGGACGAGGAGGAGAAGCGGAACCGGGCGGCGAUCGAGAAGCGCGCGGCCGAGCUGGGCGACUCGCACUGGGUGCUGGAGGGCGCCGCGAGCCUGCCGCCGAGGACAUCCCGGCCGCUGCUGAACGUGGUCGAAGUCGGGUUUGCGCAGAUUGACUACGCGGGAACGUCGGGCAAGGACGAUGACCCGUUCGAUCUGGGCAGCGCGCCGACCCAGCCGCAGGUUCAGAGGUUCAACAUGAAGAAGUCAAAGGCGGCCAAGAAGGAAAACGAUGAAAGUGGUAACAGUGACUCUGAUUCCGGUUCGGACUCGGGAGAGGUUUCCGAUGAUGACGACAAGCCCUCGCAAGCACGCGCAGAGCCUAGCCGCGGCCGGACGAGUACCGUCGGCGACGCAGAGCGCAGGCGCGCGAGAUCUAGCGUAUCGGGCAGACGAGAAGAGGAGCGCAGGAAGGCGCAGCAGCUUGCCGGAAAGAGACGGAAGAAGGAGAUCAAGUUGAACCAAAUGACCUCCAUCUCGUCCGCAGGCGCGCAGGCGUUCCAGCGGCCCUCUACCGCCAUGUCUUGCCACGGGUGUGGGAAACUUGGUCACAAGGUUGCCGAUUGCCCGAACAAGAAGCGCUGAGGGCAGAACGCUGCUGGCAUGCUCGUCAUUGACUCGAACUUGGCUUUCGCUAGGUAUCUCCCGAGUGCCGGCCCCCCAACCCCGCUGAUCAUCCCCGUGCCUGAUUUCCAUCCAUUUCCCCAAGCGGUGUGCUUCCUGACCGAGGCCUGUCUCGUAUUUGGAUGUUUGCUAGGGUACAACGGCAUCGUCAAGUGGCU